UUAAAAUUAGCGUCUGAUAAACGACAGAUGCAAAUUAGCGUCCGCUUUAUGAAAUUUAGCAUCCGUACUUUUAAACCGACGCUAAGUAGCGUCCGUUUACUUAAUUUACCGUCUGAAUGGCGGACGCUAAAUCAGAGGUAUAAAUUGAAGAAAUACCUCCAGUCGACCAAACUAUCAACCAGACAACCCUCACCACGCCUCUCUCUUCCUCACUCUCAUCUCACGUUUCUCUCUCUUCCUCACUCUCAUCUCACAUUUUGGUGCUCUAUCUUUCUUUCAGAUCUCACGAAAUCAGGUUAUGUGUCUACUUUGCGAAACAACGUUCGGUCUCGUGCGUGGGGAGCUGCAAUUGGCUGUAGUUAUCGUGUUGAACAUUGCUGUAUCAUGAAGAAAUGUUCAUUGCAAUGCAGAAAUGUGAGCACCUGUCGUUCAAUUGAAAGAGAAGGAACAAAAUAAAAGGGAGUGUACCACAGCUGAAAAUGUCAGCUAAGACAAAGAUGAGAAUAGGUGGCUGGCCUGGUGGUGCAGUACCUCGGCAUUGGCAGUGGCUUGGACUUGUAUUAGAUUAAAGUUGUUGUAUUAGAUUUUAGUUACAAUGUAAUUAUACUAUUAUAGUACUAAAUUUUGGUAUUAGAUUGUAAUUAUAUAUAUUUAAUUUAAAUAAAAUUCUCAUUUGUUUAA